CUUCCCUCACUUCUCCGACAAUGGAAAUCACCCCUUUCAAGAUCAAUAUCCCCGAGAGCGACAUCUUCGCUCUCAAAACUCGCCUCGCAAACACGCACUGGGCCCCCGAACUCGACAACGAAGAUUGGUCCUACGGCGUCAACGGAACCUACCUCCGAUCCCUAAUCUCCUACUGGCAAACCACCUUCGACUGGCGCGCCCAAGAAGCGCGUAUCAACGCGUUCCCACAGUUUCGCACUGAAAUCGACGGUGUGCCGAUUCACUUCAUCCACGUGCGCGGGAAAGGACCGAACCCUGUUCCUAUCAUCCUGAAUCAUGGAUGGCCGUGGACAUUCUGGGAUUUCCGCGAUGUGAUUAUGAAACUUGCGGAUCCCGCUGCGUAUGGGGGGAACGCGGAAGAUGCGUUUGAUGUCGUAGUGCCUUCGCUUCCUGGGUUCUGUUUCUCGGGUCCUGUGGGGCGGAAUGGGGUUGGGUAUGCUGAGACUGCGGAGCUGUGGGUGAAGUUGAUGAAAGGGCUGGGGUAUGAGAAGUUUGUCACUCAUGGUGGUGAUGCGGGGGCGUUUGUGAGUGCUCGACUUGGGCACGCGCAUCCCGAGUCUAUUAUGGGUGUUCAUCUUUCGUUUCCGAUUCUGCCGGGAGUUCCGCAUGAUGCUGGUGAUCCGGCGGAGUUUACGCAGGAGGAGAGGGAGUUGAUUGGGGAGCAGAAGAGAGGGCCUGGCGACUUUGUUCAUGUUUUGAUCAAUAGUGCUGAUCCGCAGACUCUGGCGUGGGCUAUGCACGACAGCCCGGUCGGGAUGGCAGCUUGGAUCUUGCUACGUCGUCGCGCCUGGAGCGACUGCAAUGGAGAUGUGGAAAGUAAGUUCGACAAGGACACUCUCCUUACCCAUUUGUCACUCUACUGGUUCACCAAUUGUUUUGUCGGUACGGAACUUUUCUGUCGAGCGUCGAACUUUCCCAUGACUAUGGCACUGGUCAACGAUAUCAAACCUGAGAUCAGUGUACCGACUGCUGUCGCUUCACUCCCCAAGGAUUUGAUGCACAAGCCACGAUCUCUGGUCGCUGCGCACACGGAUUUGCGCCAGUGGAACAUGUUUCCCAAGGGUGGACAUUUUGGAGCCGCUGAGGAGCCUGAAUUGAUGACGGAGGAUAUUCGGUCUUUUGUUCGUCCUUUACGCCAGGCGUGA